AUGAUAAUGGCCAACGGACUUGACGAAUUUCCAUAUUCAUUCAUCGAGUUCAACACAUCUAUCGAUGCCACCAGUGCUCGCAACAAAAUGCACCAUGCGCUUGUUCGUGGACAACGUCUGGAAGUGCACUUUGAUUCCAGAAUACCACCCCAAUUCCGCCCCCACCUCGAUGAUCUUAAGGAUUUCGUAGAGCCGUCUCGCACUCCUCCUCACCAAUCGCGAAUUUCGCUGCCUCAACAAGUGAGAAGAUCAAGCCAAGAAAGCAUCGGCAACGAAUCAGUCGCCGCCGGGCCGAGUCCGCAAUCAUCCCCGGACCGCGCUGAAUUCCGCCGCCCCACAUACCCGAUUGACCGCCGCCCAACCACAGAAUCGCAUAAAUUUGCUGGGGGGCCUCCAGAAUCCCGCGGUCGCUACGAGUCCGGCGGUUACCAAGGCUCCAGUGAGCGUCGUUGGCUUUCUAGCACCCAUGAACGCGCAACAAGUGGGCCUACACGCCACCAACGGCCUUACUCCCGUGACAGGGCAACAUUAAGCGGUGGCCCCACGCACUACCAAAAAAGACCGUACACUCGCGAAAAACCAACAUAUCGGCCAAGCGAGUACCAACGCAAUGGCCCUCCUUCUCAGUACGGCCACCCACGCAACAGCCGUAACGCCCCUCCUACGGCACGCCAAUUGUACCGCGAAGACUACCCUGCUCGUGAACGGCGUUAUGAAGAGGAAGACCACCAAGUAUCCUACAAUGACUACCCUAAAGAACGCAGUCACUCACCGGAAUACCGUCGUCGCGGAGAAGAAGAACACCGCAGACCCGAAAGUCCUGAAAGUGGCAAUGGGUACCAGAGUGGUGAAGAAUAUGGUAAUAUGACACCACCCAGAGACAAAGAAAGAUCACCUUCUGUGUCACCAAAGGUUGAAAGAGUCAAUUCACAAACCAGCACAGACUUAUAUAAAGACGGUGGCAAAUGGCAGAACAGCAACAACAGCAGCCCAAGAGAUGCCAAAAAAAGGGACGACCAUAAUGAUGACACGUUAUUCAUUUCUCCCGAAGUCCGUCCCAGAAGCGAUAUAGAAUAA